UUUCGGUUUCACUUCUUCCUGCUCCGGGCAGAGUGUUUCCUCAUGGUUUUCGUGUGCUGAGAAUCUUACGCAGUCCCCGGACACCCCCAAGGUGAGGGAGAUAAAGGCCGCAGCGGUAAGUGGAUGCCAUUCUUCACUUUUAGUAAUAAAUGCAAAUAUCAGAGGGACGCAGCCGAAGUACUGCUCAGAAGUGUGGGCCAAUUUCCUUCAUCUUGGAUUUCUCCUAACUUUCAGAUAAAGCGAUGGGAAAUGCUGUUCUUUGGUGGAGCAGGUUGUCUCUCCGACUGCUGUCUGUCUGCUUGCUGUGCGCGUCCGUCGGAAAGCAAUGCCAGAUCCGAAAUGAAAUGGCUGACUGCAGCCACCUAAAGCUGACGCAAAUUCCUUCUGAUCUCCCAACCAAUAUAACGGGUUUGGACAUUUCUCAUAAUCAGCUGAGGCUGCUGGGUCCUGCAAAUCUGACCAGGUACAGCCAGCUGGUUUACUUGAACGCGGGCUACAACAGCAUCUCUAAACUGCAACCAGAAUUGUGCCAAAACGUGCCCCUGUUACGGAUUCUGAAGUUAGAGCAUAACGAAUUGUCUAAGCUCCCCGACAGACUCUUUGCUUCCUGCACCAACCUGACCGAGCUCAACCUAGGGUACAACAGAAUAAAUAUAAAAAAUGAUCCUUUCAAAACCCUGGAGAACUUGAAUAUUUUGGACCUAUCUCAUAAUCUUUUGAAGUCAGCAAAUCUAGGAUUGCAGCAACAGUUGAAGAACCUUCGUGAGCUCACGUUGAAUAGCAAUCAAAUCACCGAGUUAAAAAAGGAAGACUUCGAUUUUCUUAGCAACACCUCAUUGAAUAGCCUUGAUUUGUCAUCAAAUCCACUGAAAGAGUUUCACACAGGAAGUUUACGUGCAAUUGGAAACCUGUUUGGCCUCAUACUGAACAACGUUGAGCUUGGUGAAAAUUGCACAAAGAAACUUUGUACAGAAUUAUCAAACACAGCGAUUCAGAACCUCUCCCUGAGCCACGUGAAGCUUUCGUACAUUAGCAAGUCAACUUUCCAGGGACUGCAAGGAACAAAUCUUACCAUUUUAAACCUUUCCCAAAAUUCUCUGUCUUUGAUAGAAGAUGACUCAUUUCAGUGGCUUUCAAGUUUACAAUACUUAAACCUGAAGCAUACUAACAUUCAUGUAUCUUCACAUUUAUUUUCUGGAUUAUCCAGCCUCAAACAUCUGAAUCUGAUAAGUUCAGUUACUGGGAAAAUUGAAGAUUUUUCCUUUCAUUGGUUACGUGACCUGGAAUACCUUAUAAUGGAUAAUAACUAUUUUCCAGGAAUUACUGCUAAUAUGUUCACAGGUCUGAACAACCUGAAAUACCUAAGCCUCUGUAACUGCAUCAUAAACUUACAAAGAAUAACUAAUACAACAUUUUCAUCACUUGCUAAUUCCAGUUUGCAGGUUCUCAACCUCACAAAAACAAGAAUCUCUACAAUAGGAAGUGGGGCAUUUUCCUCCUUGGGAGACCUGAAAAUUCUUGAUCUUGGUCUCAAUGAAAUUAGUCAAGAGCUCACAGGUCAUGAGUUUAAAGGUCUCAAUAAUAUACAAGAUAUUUAUCUUUCCUAUAAUAAAAAUCUGUCCUUGCGAAGCGAAUCAUUCAUUUCUGUCCCAAGCCUUAGAAAACUGAUGCUGAGGAAGGUAGGUUGCAGUAAUCUGGCAGUUUCUCCUUCGCCUUUUCGUCCUCUACAAAAUCUGACCAUCUUAGACGUCAGCAAUAACAACAUAGCAAACAUAAAAGAAGACUUGUUUGAUGGACUUCACAAACUGGACAUUCUGGAUUUGCAGCACAAUAAUUUAGCGCGGCUUUGGAAACAGGCAAAUCCAGGUGGCCCUGUUCUUUUUUUAAAAGAUCUUCCCAAUUUGCGCAUUCUUAAUUUAAAAUCAAAUGGUCUCGAUGAGAUUCCAGUUCAGGCUUUCAAGGGUCUGUUUCAAUUAAAAAACUUGGAUUUAGGAUCAAAUAAUUUGAAUUUGCUUCCAGCCACCCUUUUUGAUGAUCAAGUCUCCCUGAAUGCGUUGAACCUGCAGAAAAAUCUGAUAACCUCAGUGGAAGAAAAAGUGUUCGGCCCAGCUUUCAAGAGCUUGAGAAUACUAACGAUGGAUUCCAAUCCUUUUGAUUGCACCUGUGAAAGCAUUGCUUGGUUUGCUGACUGGCUCAACGUGACCCAAACAUAUAUACCUGGGUUGAGGUCCCAGUACAUUUGCAACACCCCGCCUAAAUAUCACGGUAGUCUGGUGUUGCAUUUUGAUAGCUCAACCUGCAAAGACAGUGCUCCAUUUAAACUUCUGUUCCUGAUCACUACUACUGUUGUGACACUAGUAAUUUUUACUGUUCUUAUCAUCCAUUUUGAAGGGUGGAGAAUAGCUUUCUACUGGAAUAUUUCAGUAAAUCGAAUACUUGGCUUUAAAGAACUUGACAGACAACAGGAAGAGUUUGAAUUUGAUGCCUAUGUUAUUCAUGCAAGACAGGACAAGGAUUGGGUGUCUAAGAAUUUAGGGUCUCUGGAAAAAAAUAGCCACUAUCAAAUUAAAUUUUGUUUAGAAGACCGUGACUUUGAAGCAGGCAUAUCUGAAUUUGAAGCCACAGCUAACAGCAUAAAAAAGAGCAGGAAGAUUAUUUUUAUUGUGACUGAAUACCUCUUACAGGAUCCCUGGUGCAAAAAGUUUAAGGUGUAUUAUGCUCGUCAGCAAGCUAUUGAACAAAGUCGGGACUCCAUCAUAUUGAUCUUUCUUCAUGAUAUCCAAGAUUACAAGUUGUAUCAUGCACUUCAAAUGAGAAGAGGGAUGUUCAGAUCUCGCUGCAUCUUGAACUGGCCAGCUCAGAAAGAACGAGUCGGUGCAUUUUAUCAGCAAUUAGUGAUGGCACUUAAAUCUAAUAGUAGAGCGCAAUGAAGUUUUAAAGUACAGAUUUGAAAACUAACAACUAACAUUGGAAAAAAACUAACACUGGAAAACUAACAAGCCUUCAGGAAGACCUGAAAAAACUUUGUCAUGCUGGAAAGAUCUGUAAGAGUCAGUAUAAUUUAAAUUUACUUGUCUAUAUUCCUGUGUUUGCUGAUGUUUUAAUUCACCUGCACUGAAGUGACAUGUUAAAAUGGAUCACGAUUGAUAGUCAUUUCAGUCGGUGUAUCAAAAAUGUGGCAGAAUUUCUGAAAAGCGGUGAGAAUGGCUGAUGUCCUAGAAAAAAUGUCGAUCUGAUGUAGUGCAGGUAAGACACAGACUCUCCACUUUAAAGGGAUGUGCAAAAGAGCAUGCAAUAAUGAUAAAAUGGCAAUUUUUUCUGUGUAGAAGGUAGAGUGGAUGCUACUGCUUGCUUUCAUAACACAAGGGGAUAUUGAGCGAAACUAAAAUUGGAAAACUUUCCAUGUGAAGCACAGUAAGUAGCAUGGAAAAUUAUUUCUGAAGUCAAACCCAAGAAACAUAGCAGAGUUUCAAAGUGAGCUUUAAAACCUUUAUUUUAAGAGAAAGCCACAGAAAGAAACUGGACCCCGUGGGCAGCCUGUUCAGAGCACGCAGUGAAGGAUUGCUAAUGCCUUCUGGGUGGGGCUGGUACUGAUGACUAUCAGAACCACAUUUUCAGACUAGUGAGUCAACUGAUUCAAUCAAUGUGGUAUGCGUAAAAAAAAAUAAAAAAAAAUUCUACUCUUCCCUACUGAAAUUCGGAGAGCUGGCAGAAGGACAUUUUGAAAGUACAUAUUUGAAUUAUGGGGUCAUUUUAUUGCAUAUUUAUUAUUGCAUCAAGGCUAGGUUAGACGGGGCUUUGAGCUGCCUGGUCUGGUGGGAGGUGUCCCUGCCCAUGGCAGGGGGGUUGGAACUAGAUGGUCUUUAAGGUCCCUUCUGACCCAAAUCAUGUUCUAUGGCAUUUAUACUGAGAGAUACCACCUUAAUUCUUCAAAUGUGCAUAAAACUAUAUGCCGGCCUUCAAAUAGAACUUGAAGUCAAUGUGAAAAGUGGCCAAGGCACAGCUGAUGCACCUGCAUAAAAUGAGUAAAGGCAUAGAUAUUUCUGUAGCGUAACCAGAAGACAACUUUGUGGGGGAGGUGGUGCUACUGUAAUUUCAUCACUGAAGAAUUUGUUACUGGUGAAACAACAAAAAGAAAAAUUAACCCCCCAAAAGAAAUAGUUUUAGACCGUAUCAUAAAUAUGACUGUGACUACAGGUACAGCUAGAGUGGGAGGAAAAAACUUCAAAAGUAGAUUAAUUUCAUAUUUUUUUUCCUUCUGUGUGACUGUAUAUAGUUUUGCCUUUGAUAGUGAAAAAAAAUAAUUGUAAAGAAAUCAGAAAGAAUUCUGUAGUUUAAUUUCUUAUAUAUUAAUCUAGUUUGUUUUUUCCUUAACAUAGUUUACAGAAAUGUGGGCUAGUUGGCAAUUGCCAGAGCAUUAGGGUUCAAACGUGGGCUAGUAGCUUGUUCUGGAGAGAGCCGAGAACGAGCAAAGUGUGCUCUGAAAAGAUGUUUAUAAUGUUUGAGACUGGUUGCAAUUUUAUGGAGUGUUUGAGCACAAUUUAUUGUAAAUUAAACACUAGACAGACACUUAUAUGUCUUUCUUAAUAUUUAAUUGCUGUUCUAAGGACCUCAUAAAACUGUCAAUUUUUAGUAGGUGUGUGAUCCUUCAAUAGCUCAGGAAUAUUUUUAAAUUGUUUUUUCCCCCCUGGCAUUUCCCUCAUCAAUUUUAAUGCUACCAUUACUCCAAGAAUAUUGCUUUACUGCUUUAGAAAACAGCUUUCAGAUAGUUCAAUACUUAACAUUUUAAGCAGCUUUUCUCAUGAUUUGUUACAUGCAUAGAUGAAAAACGUUGGGUUUUAAUAGGUUUGUAUGUCCCAUGAUGACACAAAACAUAAAUGAGUAAAAUAAUUAAUGGAAUAGAUUUUGCAUGCACCCAAGAGUGAAGGGGACUGUCUUCACUUGCUGGGGAAGUCCUGAGUGAAAACAAAAAAGCCUUUGUUUACAGCUGAAGUGAUAGAUGAUGAUUCCCUAAUUACAGUAAUAGGAUUAUCCCCAUUGUGAUGCUUUCAUCUCAUCUUUCUGACCUUUUCAGGCCAAGUGACAAAUUCUCUCUUCGUGCUUAGGCCAUGAAAGUUGAGGAGGCAAGUCGGCAAGGAUGGGGUGCCAGGUAUGCACCAUGUCAAUCCGUCUUUCUCUUAUUUAAAGACUAACAUGAGAAAGGGUUUCUAUGUUUCCUGAAUUUGUAAUGACACAUGGUAGCAGAAUUUCUCAUUCCGCAGCAGUAUAAAUUGCUUAGAAACUGUUAGCAGUUCACAUGGAUAUUAAAAAUGACAUAGAGAUGCAGAGAAUGCAUGGAGAAAUGCCGAGGUGAAAUGUGAUACAAGAGGUCAGACUACAUGAUCAAAUGGUCUUUUCUGGCCCUUAAACCCUGACAAAUGACAGCGUGUCUAAAUUCUAUAAAGAUUUUUCUUAUUACUACAAGCGGCCCCAAAAUCGAUCUCAGAACCUUGAGAAAAUGUGCUAUGGAUGCUUAGUUUUGUAAAACAGCUAAGAAUACAAACUAGAAGUACUUGCUGAUGAGUGAAAAUCAUUUUAAAUGACAAAAACGUGAUGAUGCAGUCUAGACAGAUUCAGAUUAAAAUAAUUUACAACAGAAAACGACAUUAUAAAGGCUCACAAUGAGAAUUAGACUAACGUUGAGGAAAAAAAAAAGCGCAAAAGCAAUAAGCACGGGGCCAACGCUAAUCAUCAAUUAUACUUGACAUAAAAUUUUCUUGUAAAUUUUCUCUGUUUGCCUGGGAUUUACCUACUACUUCUCUGCUCCUGUACAUCUGUUUGACAAUAUUAUGGAGAGUAAAUAAAUGGGCUUACCAUGGCAAAGAGUUCUAAGUGUUUUCAGGAUUAACAGUCCAAAUCAGAGCUGGGUAGUUUCUUUGCAGUGGGUAGCAUCAGACUAUAUUAUGCUGAUUUACUGAGGAGUUGGAUACCAAAUAAAUGAAAAAUAGUUCCAAACUUGUAGUUAUGCUCCAGUCGGUAGCUUUGGGGUAGAACCUGACUGUUUCUGUGGUUCUUGAAUGACGGGGAGUAAUGAACAGGUUACAGACAGUGAUGUUCAUCAGAGGUUCUAUUCCAGGUCUUCAUGCA